AUGUCAUCUACUAAUACUGCAACUGAUACUAGUGAUUCAACAUCACAAUCGAGUUCUCUAUCUCCAAUUAUAAUUAUAAUAAUUGUCGUAGCUUCAGUUGCGCUUGCUGCUGGAGUUCUCGUGAUUUGGUAUUUCAAUUUCUACCGAAAGAAAAAAAGAAGAGAUGGAUUAAGGCCACUCAUGCUUGGUUCCUCACGCGUAGAACCUAAUCCUCAUAAAAAUACAACACGUGGUAUUCCGAAUGUUUCCCCACAUGUACAAAAACAUGAUGCCCCAUCUGUUGUGUUUGAGGUGCCAGAAAGAGAAAGCGAAAAGUAUGGAAUUCAUGAAAAAGUUAUAACCGAAGAUGAUUCCCUUAGAUCCCCACCUUUGGUUAGAGAAGGACCUGGAGGUUUGAGACGAACACCAACUAGAUCAAUGACUAUGCCUAUGCCAUCUAGAGGAGGUGAAGAGUUUUCGUCAUCGGAGGAGGAAUAUGAUGAUGACGGCGACGACGAAGAAGCAUAUACAGGGGUACCACAACAACAACAUUUUACACAUACCGGUGAACCAUAA